AUGGUGGAUGAUUAUCCGUCAACCAGCACUACAAAAGCCUUAGUGUUCACAAAUCGGCUACUCAGGGAUAUAAAUGAUAUACUCAUUCAGCAUGAAAAACAGAUUACACAAUACGAUUUGCCAGCUCUAACUCAUGAAAAUGACAAUGAAAACUCGACACCCAGAGCUAUCCAAGAAGAACUGUCGAUCGAAGUACCCCGGGAAGACCUGUGUUCCGUAGAAAGAUUGAACAAUGACCAAUCUAAAGCUUUCAAGUGCAUUAUGAAUACAAUUGAUCGAAGAGAAAGUGGAGUGUUCUUUGUUGAUGGGCCAAGAGGAGCAGGCAAAACAUUUCUUUACAGAGCUAUAAUUGCAGAAUUGAGAAACAAGGGUCAUAUUGUCUUGGUAACUGCAUCAUCAGGAAUAGCUGCAAUAUUAUUGCCUGGGGAUCGAAUAGCUCAUUCUAGGUUUAAGAUCCCAAUUAAUGCAGAACCAUCAUCCAUUUGCAACACAAGCAAACAAUCAGAUCUUGCAAAGCUGAUUAGACAAACAACGGCAAUCAUCUGGGAUGAAGCACCAAUGGCAAAUAAAGAAUCAGUGCAAUCAUUAGACCGCACUCUGAGAGACAUAUUAGCAAACGAUAUGCCAUUUGGUGGAAAAGUGAUGGUGAUGAGAGGAGAUUUCCGCCAAGUGGUGCCUGUCGUACCGAAAGGCAGUAAGUCACAAAUGAUUUCAGCUUCUAUAGUUAAGUCUCAUUUAUGGGCUUCCACUAAAAUUCUCCAUUUACGACAAAAUAUGCGAUCUUCUAAUGAUCAUGUUUUUGCUAAGUAUCUUAUGCGCAUUGGUGAUGGAAUUGAGCCCACUAUACAUGAAGACUUUGUACGGAUACAAGCAAAUAUGACAAUUCCGUGGGAGGGUGAAACAUCGUUACACAAGUUAAUAGAAGAAAUAUUUCCAAACUUACAAUCUCAUGGGUGGGACGCUUCUUACAUGGUAGAAAGGGCAAUAUUGACGCCAAAAAAUCAUGAUGUGCAACAGCUUAAUGAUAUAAUUAUCAACCAGUUUCCAAGAGAAGAACAAAAUUUAGUCUCAUUUGAUGAGGUAGAAGGAGAUGCUAAUAAUUUAUAUCAACAAGAAUACCUUAACUCAGUUUCUACAUACGGGUUGCCACCUCAUGUGUUGAAGGUGAAAAAAGGGGCACCUUUGAUGUUAUUGAGAAACAUAGACCCUAAGGCUGGCUUAUGCAAUGGUACAAGGUUACUACGUUGUGGAAAUUUUAAAAACAUGUUGAAUGUAGAAAUUUUAACCGGCCAUCAUUGUGGAAGAAGAGCUUUCUUUCCUCGGAUAAAACACAAAACCACAGAAAAUUCAGGACUGCCUUUUAUACUUAUCCGGAAGCAAUUUUCUGUAAUGUUGAGUUUUGCAAUAACAAUAAAUAAAUUACAAGGACAGACCAUUCCUAAAGUAGGUAUAUAUAUCCCUAAACAUGUGUUUAGCCAUGGCCAAUUAUAUGUUGCUCUGUCUCGAAGUAUUUCUCAGUCAACAAAAAUUUUAGUCAAAGAAGGAAAAAUAGAUGGAACAAGUGGAGAAUUUACCAGAAAUGUAAUUUUCAAAGAUAUAUUAUUACCUUCACCACAGCUCGAACCAUCACUGUUCGUGGAGCUUGCCGCCGUCGCCGUUCAAGCCGCUGCUGCCGCCGUCACACACGACACCACCGAAGUUUCCCUCACCGCCGUUGACGCCGAUCUGAGCAGAGGAGAAGAGGAAGAACGACGGGAAAGGAAGGGAAAAUUGUGUAGCAUGGUUGAAGAUUGGAUAUCUCAAACAAAUGCAAGGCAGCGCCGGGACAGAGCUGGAUGUGUAAAACCUGGAACUUGCUUUUGCUUAUACACUCGUCACAGGUUUAAAAGACUCAUGCGUCCUUAUCAGGUAAGUUUGAAACCAUUGGAAGGAAAUGGAGCCUAUAGAAAGAAUGGUGUUUAUUUCGAGGCCCCACGGUGGGCGCCAAUUGUUCUUGUAUGGAUACCUGGAGGGAGAGCUCAGUCUCUGGGAAUCGACGCCGAGUUGUUAUUUUCGGUGCCGACCUUUGAGCUUUGUGGUAAUCCGAGCUUUACUCCAAGAAGAUGUCCAAUCACAUAG